CCGCUGAGAGACCUGCGCACUGAGGGUAGCGGCCGCCAUAGAGCCGGGCUGGUAUUUUCGAACAGAUUUUUUUUAUAUUGAAACCAAUUUCAUGGUGGAGGGUCCCGCCGCCUCUUUGCUGAAGGGGUCGGUUCGAGCCGAGCCUUAGGCCGGCUAUCCAUUCUAACGGGAGGCGGGUAGUUGCAGCUUAUACUUUCAUCAGGACCUCCCCACCCCCUGCCCCCUCUUUUUUUUCCUCUCUUCCCCUGUAAGUGAGUCCUAUGUGAAAGAAGCCAUCAGCCAACAUGUCAAACCUGGGCAAAGCUGUGACGAAGAAAGACACCAAGAUGAGGAUACGAGCCUUUCCUAUGACUAUGGAUGAAAAGUAUGUAAAUAGUAUCUGGGAUCUAUUGAAGAAUGCCAUUCAAGAGAUUCAGCGCAAAAAUAAUAGUGGGCUCAGCUUUGAAGAACUCUAUAGGAAUGCAUAUACAAUGGUAUUGCAUAAACAUGGUGAGAAAUUAUAUACUGGACUAAGAGAGGUUGUAACUGAACAUCUGAUCAAUAAGGUACGAGAAGAUGUGUUGAACUCAUUAAAUAACAACUUCUUGCAGACCUUAAAUCAGGCAUGGAAUGACCAUCAGACAGCAAUGGUGAUGAUAAGAGACAUCCUCAUGUACAUGGAUCGUGUAUACGUGCAACAGAAUAACGUAGAGAAUGUUUACAACUUGGGGUUGAUCAUUUUCAGAGAUCAAGUCGUACGUUAUGGUUGCAUUAGAGACCAUCUACGUCAAACUCUCUUGGAUAUGAUUGCACGUGAAAGAAAAGGAGAAGUGGUAGACAGAGGUGCAAUUCGAAAUGCUUGCCAAAUGUUGAUGAUUCUUGGCCUAGAAGGUCGUUCCGUAUAUGAGGAAGAUUUUGAAGCUCCAUUUUUAGAAAUGUCUGCUGAAUUCUUCCAGAUGGAAAGCCAGAAAUUCUUAGCAGAAAAUAGUGCAUCUGUGUACAUUAAGAAAGUGGAGGCAAGGAUUAAUGAAGAAAUAGAGCGAGUUAUGCACUGUCUUGAUAAAUCUACAGAAGAACCAAUUGUGAAGGUGGUGGAGAGGGAAUUAAUUUCUAAACACAUGAAGACUAUAGUGGAAAUGGAAAACUCAGGCCUAGUCCAUAUGUUAAAAAAUGGAAAAACAGAAGAUCUAGCUUGCAUGUACAAGCUUUUCAGUCGUGUGCCAAAUGGAUUGAAAACUAUGUGUGAGUGUAUGAGUUCCUACUUGAGAGAACAGGGCAAAGCACUGGUGUCUGAAGAAGGAGAAGGCAAGAACCCAGUGGACUAUAUCCAGGGUCUUUUGGAUCUCAAGGGCAGAUUUGAUCGUUUUCUUCAAGAUUCAUUCAAUAAUGACCGUCUUUUUAAACAGACCAUUGCUGGUGACUUUGAAUAUUUUCUUAAUCUUAACUCCAGAUCUCCAGAAUAUUUGUCACUAUUUAUUGAUGACAAACUUAAAAAAGGAGUAAAAGGUUUGACAGAACAGGAAGUGGAGACCAUCUUGGACAAGGCUAUGGUUCUGUUCCGAUUCAUGCAGGAGAAGGAUGUGUUUGAAAGAUAUUAUAAGCAACAUUUAGCUAGAAGGCUCCUUACUAACAAAAGUGUAUCUGAUGACUCUGAGAAAAAUAUGAUCUCAAAACUUAAGACGGAGUGUGGCUGCCAGUUCACAUCCAAGCUGGAGGGAAUGUUCCGAGACAUGAGUAUCUCAAAUACAACAAUGGAUGAAUUCCGGCAGCAUUUACAAACUACAGGGGUUUCUCUAGGAGGUGUUGACUUGACCGUAAGAGUUCUCACCACAGGUUAUUGGCCAACUCAGUCUGCCACACCAAAAUGUAACAUCCCCCCAGCACCACGACAUGCAUUUGAAGUUUUUAGAAGAUUCUAUUUGGCAAAGCACAGUGGUCGACAGCUCACGCUUCAACAUCACAUGGGUUCGGCAGAUUUAAAUGCUACUUUCUAUGGACCUGUGAAAAAGGCAAAUGGCUCAGAGGUUGGAGUAGGUGGAGCUCAAGUAACUGGUUCAAAUACCAGAAAGCACAUAUUACAAGUAUCCACCUUCCAGAUGACUAUAUUAAUGUUAUUCAACAACAGAGAAAAAUAUACAUUUGAGGAAAUCCAACAGGAAACGGAUAUUCCUGAAAGAGAAUUGGUCAGAGCUCUUCAGUCAUUAGCAUGUGGCAAACCUACGCAACGUGUCCUUAGCAAAGAACCCAAAUCGAAGGAAAUUGAGCCUGGUCAUGUAUUUAUAGUGAAUGAUCAGUUUACAUCAAAAUUACACAGAGUUAAAAUCCAAACAGUUGCUGCCAAACAAGGAGAGUCUGAUCCAGAAAGAAAAGAAACCCGGCAGAAAGUUGAUGAUGACAGGAAGCAUGAAAUUGAGGCUGCCAUUGUACGCAUCAUGAAAUCCAGGAAGAAGAUGCAACAUAAUGUUCUGGUGGCUGAGGUGACCCAGCAGUUGAAAGCUCGCUUCUUACCAAGUCCAGUGGUAAUCAAAAAAAGAAUUGAGGGACUUAUUGAGAGAGAAUAUUUGGCACGAACACCUGAGGAUCGUAAAGUAUACACUUAUGUAGCAUAAGAUGAAUUCAACCAGUUUAUCUUCUGGACUUUAUAAUCGCAUGAACUGAGAAGUUCAUUUUAAAAAUAUUAAGAAGACCUUCUCCAAAUAAAUUGCAGUAAGUGUACUAGGUUAUUCAGAUCAAGCCCUUAUUUCCUGUGAUAAUUUUUGAACAAAAUGGACCUAACUUCUGGUUGCUCGCCAUUUUGCCCUUGUAGAGAUCACCCUUAAGAGUUCCUCGGGAAAAUGUGAAUGUGUUUUCAUUUUGUUUUCAGUACUGUAAAAAAAAAAGAAAUAAAAUCUAGAAAACGUGAAAUACCAUCAAUAAAAAUAAAGCAAUUGUUCAAAUUUCA